UCACUUCCAAUCCCUUCAGCCUCUUGCUUGUUUCUCAGCAAGUACCAGCUCACCCCUGAAUCCCUUAACAACAUGGCACCAAAGAAGAUUGAACCAAAGAAACCUGAACCUAAAAAGCCAGAACCUAAGAAAGAUGUGGCCCCACCUGCUAAGCCAGCUCCACCUCCAGAGCCACUGCCUGAAGCUCCCAAGGAGCCUGAGUUUGACCCUAAAAGCAUCACUCUUGAGUACACCGCUGACCAGAUUGAUGAGUUCAAGGAGGCCUUCACUUUGUUUGACCGAACACCCACUGGAGAAAUGAAGAUCACCUAUGCUCAGUGUGGGGAUGUGAUGCGAGCUCUGGGUCAGAACCCUACCAAUGCAGAUGUGCUGAAAGUGCUUGGGAAACCACGGCCAGAGGACAUGAGCACUAAAAUGGUGGAUUUUGAGACCUUCUUGCCAAUGCUCCAACACAUUUCCCGUGCGAAAGAUCAAGGCAAUUUUGAGGAUUUUGUGGAGGGGCUCAGGGUUUUUGACAAGGAAGGCAAUGGCACCAUCAUGGGAGCUGAGCUGCGUCAUGUGCUGGCAACACUGGGAGAGAGGAUGACAGAAGACGAGGUGGACAGACUGAUGGCUGGACAGGAAGAUGCUAAUGGGUGCAUCAACUAUGCCUCCUUUGUAAAGCACAUUCUCUCUGGGUGAACAGGACAUUAUUAACCGUAAAGACUUCAUUUUACCUCUGUUUUUUCUCCAGUUUUCUGGAUCCUUGCUAAACAUUUGUCCAUUUAGAGGUGAGCAUGUCACUUAGUCUGUGACAUUAUUUUCACGCUGACAAAAGCAGAAGUUAAUGUUCUAUUAAGAACUGUUGACCACAAGACUUGUGAUUAAUUCUUUUUAAUAAACACACUGAAAUAUAAUGGAAUGCCCGUGAGAUAAUGUGGAUGUCCAUAAAGGAUAAAUCCAUUAAUAAAAGAAA